AUUCUGCCUUUAUACAAGUAGGUUCUAGCUGCACUGCGAUUUUUUGCAACCGGGUGUUAUCAACGACCCGUAGGUGAGCAAUGGGGAAUAUCUAUGAGCCAGUCGUCCGUUAGCCGUAGCAUUCAUCGGGUAACAGCUGCAAUCAACAGCUCCAUGUUUUGCGCAAAGGUGAGAUUUCCCAUGACCCAAGUGGAGCGGCAAGCGGCAAAAGAAAUUUUUGCUUCAGCAACCUCCCCGUUUGUGGGAGGUACCAUUGGAGCUAUCGAUUGCACGCACGUGUCAAUUUUGGCCCCGAAACGUCAUGAAGAAGCGUAUGUCAACCACCACGGCUACCAUUCGCUUAAUGUCCAAAUGAUAUGUGAUCCUACACUUAAAAUUUUAAACGUAAAUGCCAAAUUUCCGGGAGCACGGCACGAUUCAUACAUUUGGAGUUCCUCUGCGGUGCGAAUGGUUAUGCAACGGAAUACCUUUUUAGGGGAAUGA